GAGUGAGAAAAGGGGGUGUCAGUAGAUCUGAAGAAAGAAAGCAAAGUCAGCUUUUGUGUUUGUUUGGAGUUGUCUUUUCUUUCUGUCUCUCUGAAGAGACUCACUGAGCACCAGUGUAAUUGACUCUGAUGUGGAGCACCCCCACAUGGUAGAGAAAGUCUGGUGCUCACUUCAUCUCCUGCUCAUAUCUGGGAGGUCUGUAGCACAACUGGGGAGAAGGCAGCAAGAAUCACUGCUCUUCCUACUGCACUCUUCUUGGAGCUCUGCCCAGGUCCUCUGCUUCACCCGCUUGGAGGAUGUAAGGGAAGAGGAAGAGAAGGGAAAGCAUUACGUUCCUUUGCGUCAGAAGGCAAAAAAGAAAAGUCAAGGGUUCUUUAUAAUGAGCCGACGGAGGAUAUCGUGCAAAGAGCUGGGGCAAGCCGAUUGCCAAGGAUGGCUCUACAAAAAGAAGGAAAAAGGAGCUUUCAUUGGGAACAAAUGGAAAAAGUUCUGGUGUGUGCUAAAGGAGUCAUCGCUGUAUUGGUACAGCAGUCAGCUGGCUGAAAAAGCAGAAGGAUUUAUAAGACUGCCAGACUUCAGUGUGGAUCGAGCAAUUGAAUGCAAAAAAAAGCAUGCUAUUAAGAUCAGCCACCCACAGAUCAAGACAUUUUAUUUUGCGGCAGAAAAUGUUCUGGAAAUGAACACGUGGCUAAGUAAGCUGGGAAUGGCUGUAGACCCUCAGGCACCAAACAGGAAGAAUGAGGAAGAAUGCUACAGUGAAAGUGAGCAUGACGACCCAGAAAUAACAGACACGCCACCUCCACCCUACACUGUCCAGACCCCACCUCCUCCUCCGCAGGAUCAGCAGAAGUCAUCAUUCACCUCAACUCUGUCAAGUGAAGCAUCUUGUUCUCUCUCCUCUCCUGAAAGCACUUUCAAUUCCCAAGAAUCAUCGUCUUCCUUGGCAUCCAAAGUGGUUUAUUCUGAGAGGCAGUCCUGGCUCGACCUGGUGAACAGCUCUGCCACGGAAGAGGGCGAUCAGCCUUUAACGUUCUGCGUACAGAUCCAUUCCGACGAGGCGCCGGAAGUGGUCUGUGGAGAUGCAGCAGAAAGCCAGGAAGUCCGGCUUUCCGAACCCAAUGGUGGAUCCCAAACCUCUUACUUAAGUGCAGAUACACAUUGUCUAGCUGUGCCAGAUGCAACAGGACAGCGAUCACUAGCCAGAGACCAGGAUAAGCAUGAUGAUGAUGAUGAGAUGGAGCGACUUUACAAGUCAUUGGAGCAAGCAAGCCUGUCUCCCAUUGGUGAUCGUCGACUGUCCACUAAGAAGGAGCUUAGGAAGUCAUUUAUCAAGCGCAGCAAAAACCCCUCCAUUAAUGAGAAACUCCACAAAAUUCGAAUGCUGAACAGUACAUUAAAGUGUAAGGAACAUGACCUGGCCACAAUUAACCAGUUGCUAGAGGACCCAAAGUUGACAGCGCUGAAGUACAGAGAGUGGAGGAGCACUAACAUCAUGCUGGUCCAAGAUAUUUAUCAGCAGCAGGAGGUCCAGGACAUGUCCACAGAGAAUAGUGAAGAGCAAGAAAUGACUCCACAGCCAGUCACUGAAAGUGCUAUUUGAUCAAUGGCACGUGGCAAGAUUUUUCUCCACGGGUCUUCACGUAUCUUCAUGUACAAGCAAUUUAAGCUGCUGUAUCUUGUUUUUCGCAAGGGUGCUUCAAAGGGAAAACAACCCAGUCUCCAAAGUUUUAAAUGCUCUUGCAGAACUCAUUUAAUGUCAAAUGGGCAAGUUCCCCAAACUUGCCCAAGUUGCCCAAAAAAGCACGUCUGAAUGUGGCCUACAUACUUAAGAAGACUAUUUAACAAAGCAGCGAAGAAACAUUUUUCAGUUUUUGGAGAAGAAAAUUAUAAGUGUCCAGCUUCUGGAGGACACAGAACUAUGUAAUGUGUACUGUAUAAAUAUGAGAUCCUUGUGGUUGUUUUAACCAUACAACUUACCUUGAAAUGAAGCUAAACUGAUUCCAACAGGAUGUAGUCUGCUCUACCUUUUUACCCUCUAAGGUAACCUGAUGUAUACAUUUUCAUCUCUGUACCCAUUUACUUUCACCGCUCAACCAGUUUAAAUGGAGACAAAUGGAAAAGUAAUUAUGCAUGAGGUGAUACUGUGGACAGCUGCCAGGCAUCCAGUUUGAGCUCUGCCUGAUGCUUUAUGAGUUUCAAAUUUAUUUAUGGUCCAGACCAAAAAGGUACUGUAUUUCUACAUGAAGAAGAAGUCUCUAAAUUUUUGCUAACAUGUAAUUUACUCUUCAGUGAGACAAGAUUCAGCAAGAUUUUCUUAUGGGCUUUGCAGAAUUCCUUGGAAGAUUAUGUUCUUUCUUAUUUUUGACAGCUUGGAGUAUAUAAGGUACAAGUUCAUCCCAGAGUCCAGCUUAAGGAAGCUGAUCAUACUCACAAGCCAGAAGCUAAAUGACUCAACUCCUAAUGUGGACCUGGAAGUGUAAAACAAAGCUGCAAAUAUUUUUUGUAAAUAUGUGUAAUUUUAUGACUUAUAUGAAUGUGACUAUGUACUGUAUAGACGUUUUAUUUAUAUAUUUAUAUAUGCUGAAUUUCCUAAUAUAAAUAGGCACAUGUGGACCAAGCCCAACCAGCUGCGAGUGCUUACAGAUUCACUUGAAAUGCCUCUUUAUUUUGUGCUCCAUUAUAGAUCACAGUAAUGGCUCUGCAGCUGAGACUACCCUGAGGCAUAUGCUGUGACUCUUUGUUCUGCUUUUCUAGCUUUGAGUUUUAGAUGAAGAAAAUCUGUACAACUUAGGGCCUGGAAAAAGUUUUCUAGAGAGUUUCAAGAUUUCCGUUUGGGGAAAAAAAAUAAGAGGUUUUGCUUCAGGAUCAUUGUUUUUUGGCUUCAUUGUCCUCAGUACAAGGUUUUAGGCUUUUGCCUUCCUCUCUUCUGCAAUAUAAGGAAUUUUGCAGAGUGCUGAAUUUUGAACAGCAAGAAUUAGUCCACCAUCCACAAAUUAAUGUCACUACAGGAACUGUGACAGUCUGCACUUCUGUUGCUAUUUCAUGAUGAUAUUCUUUGUCAUUAGUUUUCAAUACAGUUUAUCUUUUAAAGCAAAAUACACUAUAGAGAUGCAGCCAUAUUCACCUCUCUUUAUACAUUUUAAGUUUUUUCAUAGCUUGAUUGACAAAACAAAAGAUAAUGGUGUUAGUGGGAACAUAUGAAAUCUUUUCCAGCUGUGUAGUGAUUUGUUUGAUUGUUGAUACUGCACUUUUAAUACUCAGCAGCUUUUCUUUUAAAAUAGAGGCAAGGAAAUAGGUGAAAAUGACUAAAUGGGGAAGCAGACACAAAACCCUGGAUGGUUAAAAAUCUAUUCUUUUCAGGAAAUCAUCAUAUGAAUGGUGAUUUCAUCAACUCACUAAUUCUAACUAGAAGUUAAGCGAGCUAAAUACCUGGUGCAAUUUGGUUUGGAGUAAUUGCAUCUUAAAAAUGCAGCCCAUUUUUAGGUUGAUUUUUUUGUUCUUCUUUUUGUUUUUUGGGGUUUUUUAAUAAUUCUUCUACCAUUCUCAUUGAAAUGUCAAUUAACUGCUGAGAGCACCCUGAAAACUAGGAGUGUAGGGAUUUAUCUGCUUGGUCCAUUUAAUUUUUAACUACCUGGUGCUAAGUAUAUCGGAGGAAAAAUUUCAUGUACAUUUUCUGUCACACAUGCGAGUUUCUCACGAAACAAAGCGUGUAGACUCCAUUUUCCUUCAAAAUUAUCUUCACUUAGAUGCUGAAAAGAAGCACAUGCUUAAGUGGCCUGUUGAGCUGGGCCAGACAAGUCAGUGCCUUGCUGUUCUGAGCAAAGUCUGAGUCAACUCCAUUUGCUGAAGUAGAUUUGCUGUGUGCAAAGAAAAGCCUAUGUGGUCUGUACAUGCUGUGCCGGCUCUUUUCACACUGCACUUGUGUAAACAUAGACAGAACAGCUUUCCCAAAUCUAGAGACAAAUCUUCGGACUGCCCAAACUCCACUAUUGGUUUUGACAGAUUACAUAGCUUGAAAUUGCUUUUAAAUUAUUCUCUUUCACAUGGUCAGUAGAUACUUAUUGUUGAACUAUUGAGGUUUUGGAGACCUGUUGAGCAUGGGCUCUAUCACCGCUUAGAAAAGAACAGAAAAUUCUUGAAUGGGGUUACUUUAAUCCCAGUUAUAACUUUACAAAUUUCUUUGUUCAGGAAAACAAAUGUAUGGGUUUUAUGUACCGUGCAGGAAGUCUAACUCCAUUCCCUUCAGCUACUACUUAGACUCAAAAUAAUAGAAAGCGUGGAAAAUGCAAAGUGAAAAUUGCAGUGAAACAGGAUUAAUUUUCUGGCAUUGCUAAUGACUGUGACAGUUUUCACCUGGGUUUAUCACAAGGGGCUGCCCAGCAGCGUGGAAGCCGUAAUCAGAGACAGAAUUACGCACAAGCUGACAGCUACAGCAGGGAGCCGCCUCAACGGGAGAAAUUUGGACAAGUCUGUGCUCUGCUCAGUGAUGCUUGGACUAACUGGUAUUUCUUGGUCUGGCUUUGGAAGACUUGCACUAUUGACUCAUAGCACAGGGAGCUGUGCAUCCCUAGCGUGUGAAUGUCAAGAAGUCUUUAACCAUCUGCCUCAAGGGAUGUGUUUUAUAUACUUUUUUGGGAGAAAGUAUGUGGGUGUGGAUAUGUGCAUAUGCACAAUUUUUCUACUGUCAGUAAAGCCAGUUGGUGCAGCAAGUCCUGCAAUGGAGAUUUUGGAAUUCCUGGUAACAAUGCCUAAUUUCAACUGUUUCUGCAGCUUUUUUGGAAAUCGAAUCUCUCUGUUCUGGUGGUGUACAUCUCAUGAUGUACCAGAAUGAGGUGGAAUCAUGUUCCCUUUCCUGUGAUGGAAGAGAUUCCAUGUGGGGAUUAUGAAUAUUUUUACAUCUAGCCCUGAUGAUUCAAUCAAUACUAGGGUUUCACCUUGUCAUGGUUUUAAGUGCAGCUGGAGACAACACCAUGCAGUUGCUUGCUCACCCCCGCUCUCUUUUCCUUCCCCAUCCCUAUGUAAUGGGGAGUAGGACUGAAGAAAAAAAUUGUAGGCUGAGACAAGAAUGGUUUUAUAAUUUAAAAUAAAGUAAUGGUAAAUAAUAAUAAUGAUUAAAAGAGGGAAGAAACCCAAGCAAGUGAAGUACAAUGCAAUUGCUCACCACCCACUGAUCUGCCAGACCCCUCUUCCCAAAUCCAGAUCAGGCCCCCUCCCAGGUAGCUGCCCCUGGUUUAUUUACCUAGCAUGAUGUUCUGUGAUGAGGAAUAUCCCUUUGGUCAGUUUGAGUCCCCUGUCCCAGCUAUGCUCCCUGCCAGUUUGGUUUUUUGUGCAUUUCCUCACUGGCAGAGCACCAGACAAGGCAAAAUAUCCUUGACUGAGGAUAAAACAUGGCUGAGCAAAAAACAAAACACCAGUGUGUUACCAAUACCAUUCUCAUUCUGAAUCCAAAAUACAGCACUGUAACAGCUACUGAAGCAGAAAUUGACUAUACCCUAACUGAUACCAGGAAUAAACAGGAAUAAAUAA